CCCCCCCCCCCCCCUCCUCCCCCCUCCAAGAGAGAACAGUGUAAUAGGUGACGGAAGAAAGAAGAAAAGGGGGGGGAAAGAUAGAGAGAUUGGUUGAGAAGUAGGGGAGAAGAGAUCCAGAAAGUCAUCGAGAUCUGUCAAGCGCUAUCUUUCAACACGACUCGUUCAACCUUUUCUCAUUUGUUCCUUGCCCUUUGCAUAAGAACAGUAUCAGAAUGGCUGGUACAAGGAACUACGAUUUCUUGAUCAAACUGUUACUGAUCGGAGACUCCGGGGUGGGAAAAUCAUGCUGCCUAUUGCGAUUCAGUGAGGACUCAUUUACUCCGUCGUUUAUUACUACUAUUGGAAUCGACUUCAAGAUUCGGACCAUUGAAUUGGAUGGCAAGCGAGUGAAGCUUCAGAUAUGGGAUACUGCUGGACAGGAGCGGUUUAGGACCAUCACAACAGCUUACUACAGGGGAGCUAUGGGUAUUCUUCUGGUCUACGAUGUCACGGAUGAGCGAUCAUUCCAAAACAUUCGCACGUGGUUUUCAAAUGUUGAACAGCAUGCAAGCGAGGGUGUUCAUAAAAUCCUCAUUGGCAAUAAGUGUGACUGGGAAGAGAAGAGAGCCGUGUCAACUCAGCAGGGCCAGCAACUCGCUGAUGAGCUUGGAAUACCAUUUCUUGAAGUCUCGGCCAAGAACAACAUCAACAUCGAGAAGGCUUUUUAUGAUCUUGCCUCGGAUAUCAAAAAAGGGAUGGAUACAUCCAAGGCUGAACAGGUUGGAUCUCAGGGUGUUAGCAUAGACCAACAAGGCACCGGUUUGAACGGCAACACAGGUGGGAAGUGUUGCUGACUUGAUAGUGUACAACUAUUUUUUGUGCAAAUCUCCUUCAUAUUAUGACUUAAUGUCUCAGUUUAUGUGUUGCAUUUGUGUGUAUGUGCCAUGGCUUGAAUGCGCCAAUAUCUUUGCGAGCCAAAUAUAUGCCAAGAAUCAGAUAUGUUAAUGGAG